AUGACAACACUCCCCAGCGACAACGUUAAUACAGGCUAUCAAGCUACAGUCGUAGAGCCCAGAAGAAUGGCAUCGCUCAAUUCAAUCCCUUAUUCAAAUGGCUCUACCCCGAAUAGUUCUCUGGUCAAUGUGGGCAAGGUACCGCCUCCAGCGCCUCCGCCUCAUCAGCAACUGCCAAUGUCGCCACCACCAAGCACAGUCAACUUGCAGAGCACACCUCCCAUCUAUCCAAACAAUCGACCUGAAGACAUGCAGUACUUUUACGCACCUCAGCAGCCUCAAGAGUAUUCUUCUACAUUUGCCGAUUCAGCCGAGGAUCAGGAUUACCUUCCCGAUAGUUCACUCAGAAUGGCUAUUUUAGCCGGUAAACGCAGAUACGAUCGAAUUCACAAUGCAAACCCAGAAUUUCCACCAGUGACUGUAGAAAACAUCAACAAAGUACGAGAAGAGUCCAAGACCAGUGGCGAUCCCAGAUUUCAGCUGUUCUUUGCCAGGUUCUUGUUGGAGGCUGUCAAGCAUUUGAGACCAAAUCCUCAGGAUCCUGUGCGUGCUCGCCAAUUGAAUGAUAAAUUGACCAACGAAGCUAUCAAGGCGAUUAAAAAACUGGCAUCUCACAAGGUUGGAUUAGCCGAUGCGCAAUUUUUCCUGGGUAAUUGUUAUGGAGGUGGACUACACGGAUUGAAGGCGGACCCAGAAAAGGCAUUUGGUCUUUAUCUCCAAGGCUCCAAGCAGAGCCAUCCUGAAUGUACGUAUCGAGCAGCCGUAUGCUAUGAAUUGGGAUUGGGCACCAAGAAAGAUCAUCGUUAUGCCAUGCAGUUUUAUCGAAAAGCCGCUAACCUCAGUGAUCCCUCGGGUAUGUAUAAAUUGGGCUUGAUCUUGUUGCAUGGAUUGGUGGGACAAUCAAAGAAUCCGCGUGAGGCCAUCUCCUGGUUUCUGCGAGCAGCACAGAUUGCAGAUGAAGACCAUCCUCAGUCAUUGCAUGAACUCGGUCUGGCCUAUGAAAAGACAGACAACAGCAUUCCUUCUGUCAUUCCUGAUUUGAAUUAUGCGAGAAAACUGUUUAGCCAGGCUGCUCAAUUGGGCUAUGCUCCUUCUCAAUUCAAGCUGGGGUUGGCGUAUGAAAACGGUCAUUUGAAUUGCCCCAUCGAUCCACGCAGAUCCAUUGCUUGGUAUUCCAGGGCUGCUGAACAAAGUGAUCCCAAUGCUGAAUUGGCCUUGUCGGGGUGGUACCUGACGGGUGCAGAUGGUGUGUUGAAUCAGAAUGACAAGGAAGCUUACUUGUGGGCAAGAAAGGCUGCUGAAAGAGGAUUGGCUAAAGCAGAGUAUGCGGUGGGUUACUAUACAGAAACAGGCGUUGGCGUGAUCCCUCAUUUCGAGGAAGCCAGGCAAUGGUAUACACGAGCUGCAGCACAUGGCGAUGUAAAGGCCAAACAGCGCAUAGAGGCGUUCAACCAGUCCGAUGUUACAGUCAAGAGAAGACCUACUCGAGAUAAAAAUGGUAAACCCAAUGCCAAAGAUUCUGAUUGCAAAAUCAUGUAA